GAUGAUUAAAAAAUAUGUAAUUAUCUUAAGUUAAGAUAAUAGCUUAUGCUGAUAGAUUUAACCAUUAUCUAGAAUUUUUCAAUUCUGAAUGAAUUAUCCAUGUUCCUUAUACAUGUAAAUGAAGAUGUUAAUUUUAGGUAAAAAAUGAAUAAGAUUAGAGUCUUAGCAAAAGCUAAGAGCUUGGGAUCACCUAAGACUUUACCUAAUUUCUUGAUUGGUUAAACCCGGGAAUGGUUUUAUUUAAAACUCCCCAUAUAUGUCUUGUAAUAAUAUGAA